ACGUUUCCUUUUUCCUCUCUCUGAAAACCAGUAUUUUUUUGGUUGCCGUAAAAACCAGUAUUUAGGGAGUCUUGUUCCACAUAACACACACUUUUUCCUCUUAACACAAAAUUACAUUUCUUCAGAGUUCUCACUUUCAUCUAAACCUUUUCUUCUUCUCUUUGAUAUUUUUUUAACAACAACCCAUUUGAGAUAUGGAAAGUUAUGAUGAACAGAUGGAAUUGCCUCCAGGGUUCAGAUUUCAUCCCACUGAUGAAGAACUCAUAUCUCACUACUUGACACCAAAAGUUCUUGACACUUGUUUUAUUGCAAGAGCCAUUGGUGAGGCUGAUUUGAACAAGUGCGAGCCUUGGGAUUUGCCCAGGAGGGCUAAAAUGGGUGAAAAAGAAUGGUAUUUUUUCUGUGUAAGAGAUAGAAAAUACCCAACUGGAUUGAGAACAAAUAGAGCAACUAAAGCUGGUUAUUGGAAAGCCACAGGCAAAGAUAAAGAGAUUUACAGAAACAAAUCUCUUGUUGGAAUGAAGAAAACUUUGGUUUUUUACAAAGGAAGAGCCCCAAAAGGUGAAAAAACCAACUGGGUUAUGCAUGAAUUUAGAUUAGAAGGAAAAUAUUCUGCUUAUAAUCUUCCCAAAACUGCCAAGAACGAAUGGGUGAUUUCCAGGGUGUUACAGAAGAGGCAUGGAGGGAAGAAAAUGAAUAUUCAAGGCAUGGUGAAAUUGGGUUCAAUUUUUGGGAACAAUUCAUGUUCUUCUUCUGCGUUGCCUCCAUUGAUGGAUUCUUCUCACGUGACCUGCUUCUCCGAGCCCAUAGAGGAGGAGGAGGACCAUAAGAUUAAAACUUACAAAGUAGAAGAAGAAGACAUGAUGGAUCCUUACAACACUUCACUUUUAGCUCCUUCUUCUUCCUCCAACCCACACGCCGAUAUCAACUUCCCAGUUUCAGACUCGAUUUUCGUCGCCCAAACGAUGCCAAACUUUCCGAAUUUGCAGCACCCGGAUUCGAUUUUCAUGCAAGAUCAGUCCAUUCUGAAGAUGUUGCUUGAAAAUCAUGAACCAAGCAUGAAGACAACAGUUUCAAAAGCAAAGUUUUCUCAGGAUUCAGUGGUGUCUAACCAUGAAGUUGUUCAGAAAUCGUUUCAGGAUCAUCAUCAUCCAUCAAGUUCUGGUGGACCAGUAGACCUCGAUUAUCUCUGGAAUUAUUUAAACUAAUCACGCUAUCAGAACUCGGAGAGAUUUAGAAUCUUCUGUGAUUAUUUGUUGAAAAGUUGUGGUGUUGUGUAUAAUAGGAAUAGUGAAUCGAAUGCAUGUAUACAAAUUGUUGCUUUGAAUCAAAGCAUUGGACUAUGAAAACAUUAUUGUGUGGUGUGAGUAUAAAUUUAAAUAAAAACUUUAAUGUGUCAUUAUGUGAUUGUA